AUGCCGCAGUUACCCGAGUCAUGUUCAGACGUGUUCCAAUGGCCCCCACCAACUGCAGGUAAGGGCAUGUCUUCUUCAUGUAGGCGUGUACUUGGCUUGCAAGGAGAAGUGAUGUGGACAAAGCAUAUUGCUGGAAACCCACAGACCAGCAGCAAGUGCGUCCCUUAUCGUCAUCAGCCUCCGGUGAAUGAACUACGUGGCCCUGGAGCAGCAGCUCAUGAUAUGGGCGGCAUAUGUGACUGGUAUACCCCUGAAUUAGGAGUUACUUCCAUGCCAGAUCACCAUUUUUCUACCUGGGUUCCAUACUCCGUGCCUAGGUAA